AAGCGUGUACUCUCUCUCUCUCUCUCUCUCUUCCUCUCUCCCUCUCUCCCUCUCUCCCUCUCUUCUUUUUUUUUUAUUCAGCGGUUGCCAUGUCUACGUAUUACAACACUCAAGACAAGAAACAAAAAGACACUGUUUAUUUGCCUCCUAUUCAACCUCAACCCCACAUGUCAACUGGCUUAGAUGCUGGGCAGAAGAGAACAGUUCCCUGGUUAGAAGACAACAGAGAAACAAAGACGCCUAAAAUAGUCGAGAAACAAGAUAAAAAACCGCAACAAAUGCAACUCUCUCAAUUGACGCACCCAAAGCCAUUCAAUGCAAAUAACGCAGGUAAUACUGCUGCUGCUGCUGUUGUGAGUGCUACCACGGCUGCCAACACGGCUAUUCGACAACCCUAUGUUGCUGUCUAUAAUGAUCAGUCCAUUAUUCACCAGCGAAUCAAUCGUCCCAAACUCAAAUUGGACGAUUUCAACAUAUCACGUACUUUGGGUACUGGAUCCUUUGGUCGUGUUCAUUUAAUACAGUCUAAAGUCAAUGCUCGUUACUAUGCGAUGAAAGUGUUGAAAAAGACAGAAGUAAUUCGAUUAAAACAAGUAGAACACACCAAUAACGAAAAACACAUUUUGGAAUCAGUGGCUCAUCCUUUCCUUGUAAAUAUGUGGGGCACUUUCCAAGACUGUAAUAAUCUGUAUAUGGUGAUGGAUUAUGUGCCUGGUGGCGAGUUGUUCUCUGUCCUUAGACGAUCACAACGGUUUCCAGAUCAUGUAGCCAAGUUUUAUGCAGCUGAAGUGAUCUUGGCUAUUGAAUACCUUCAUUCCAAAGACAUGAUCUAUCGUGACCUGAAGCCUGAAAACCUAUUGUUGGAUGCUCAAGGACAUAUCAAGAUUACUGAUUUUGGGUUUGCUAAAUAUGUACCAGACAUUACUUGGACACUGUGUGGUACACCUGAUUAUUUAGCCCCCGAGAUUAUUCAGUCCAAAGGUUAUGGAAAGGCUGUUGACUGGUGGAGUCUAGGUGUUUUGAUUUACGAAAUGUUGGCUGGAUAUCCACCAUUUUUUGAUGACGAUCAUUUAAAACUUUAUGAAAAGAUUUUGGCCUGUAAAAUUAAAUGGCCAGCUUAUUUUGACACAAAUGCCAAAGAUUUAUUGAAACGAUUAUUAACGCCUGAUUUGACAAAACGAUAUGGUAAUCUAAAGGCUGGAAGUGAUGAUAUCAAACGUCACGGCUGGUUUACCGGAGUUGAUUUCAAUCGUAUUUUAGCUCGUCAAAUCAGAGCACCUUAUGUUCCUCAAAUACGAGGAGAAGGGGAUGCUAGUCAUUUUGACAAGUAUCCAGAGACACAAGAGCAGUAUGGUAUUACUGGUCAAACAGAUCCUUAUAGAAGCUUAUUUCCUGAUUUUUAAUAAAGAAUUAGAAGACGCAUUUUAUAAACAUGUAAGCCAUAGCAUGGAUAUAUGACUAAAAGUCAGUCUAUAUAGACUGUGUCCUUGUUUACUUUAGGAUCAACCCCGUAGAUGCAUGAAUUGUAAUUUAAAGUCAGAAUAUGCAGCUUAUUCAGGGCAUGAUCAGUGUGGC